AUGAAGUACGGUCUCCCUUUCGAGGACUUCAUCAGCGGACGGGAUCUAGAUGGAACCGAUGCAAGGACCCAUCACAAGGGCAUAUGCUUGCUGGGACCGCCCCUUCUGACACAACAUGCCACUUUCCCAACGCGACAGUACUGCGACGGGAUUACUGGAGAGAUCCUCGACUUGAUCGAGGAUCAGCAGCUUAGCAAACUCAACGACAACAACUCUUACCCGGGCCUCUCCUUCCUCUGUCGCUCGGGCGAUGUCCAGGGGUAUCUCCGGGAGAUAGAACUUGACCCACAUAUUGUCGACAUCGCUAGUACUGAUAUCAGGCUACUUGCUCCUUUCUACAGUCAGCCUGUGAGACUCCUACGUCAGCCUAGAAGGAUGGCAGGCUGGGUUACUAGCGUCGUCCUGGCUUACGUUACAUGUAUCUACCUGUUGGCCAUCGACUUUGCCUCGUUGAUCCGGAAGACCGGAUCGGGCGGGUUCACAAAGGCCGCAAUUAUCCACUACCAUCGACUACGAGAGUGGCUCGAGUUCGCUGUACAGAUCUGCCUCUACUCAAUCCUCACCCGAAUGAUCGCCAGCAUGAGUGCCCACCCUCGAGUUGCUCUCUUCACAAAUACUCUCCGCUCCGCCCAAAGCGAGAUAGUUAAUUUCUCCCUCUCCUUCGCUGUACUUUACUUUGGUUUGGGACUUAUCGCCUGGCUCAGUUUCGGAGGCAUCAUGGAUGAGUUCUCAACCUAUUCCGCCACCCUCUGGACGCAGUUCUAUAUACUGUCCAGCGGUCAAUGGUUCGACUCCUGGGAGAAUGACUGGUGA